AUGGAUGACUCCGGUAAGACGCAGGCCCAACAGACUCAGUCGAACUCGAACCUCUCGGCUCUGUUAUCGAGCAGGUUGUCCACGGCUUUUGUCAACUCGACCGUCGUUCAUCGUUCACACCUGCAGACGAGGCCCAGUAUCUGGGCUGUUCAACACCCAGAGGUGACUGACCCUCUCAGCAAGCAAGGCGACAACGCUGUUGAUAGUUCCAAUCCGUCGACCAGUCCCAGCAGUGUCGGUUGUUGGUCGUCUAACCCCUCAAAUCCAGAGUCAACAUCAUCUAAAUCCGACGAAUCUGCUGCUCCAGUUGGCAACUCGAUAUCUCUGUUCCGGACAACAGCAGACACUGAAGGGCUAUAUGAGUGUAGCCGGCCACAGAAGAAGUGCACCUCAGUCCAGGCGUUACCGAACACGCCCCCGUCUAUUGUCACCGUGGAAGCAGCUGCUAAUGCAAAGGUAUUUUUCGAAACGUAUUUCAACGCCGUAUUCUCGCACGUCAACUCAAGGUCACAGCGUCGGAUUGAGCUAGAGAAAUACAUCUACUCGUUACGCUUGACACCAGAAGAGCAAGAGACGGCCAGGAAAGCUUGGAUUGGACAAGAAAGGGAGUACCUUCGUCAAUAUCGGGUUCUCAAAACUCGCUGUCACAAUGCAUCUCCUGGUAAAGCAGCCUCUGUUGCCAACUACGAGAUCGUCAAAAUUCUCGGAAAUGGAAGUUUCGGCAUUGUCAGCCUGGUGAGGGAGAAGAGGGACGAAUGUAGCAGGUCUAGCGAAGGAGAUCCUUCGGCCAUCGAAAAUGGUAAAAUGGAUGAGAUCAAGGCGAGAAGCGUUCGAGCACGGAAGGCUGAUGGCAGAAACGGCCACCGAAAGCAAACGACCAGCGUGAAAGGGAUCUACGCCAUGAAGGUUAUCAAGAAAGCCGAGAUGCUCCGUAGCAGCCAGGAGGGUCAUCUACGAGCUGAGAGGGACUUUUUGGUUGCAUCCGCAAAGUCUCGCUGGGUCGUGCCGUUAGUUGCAAGCUUUCAAGACAGUCAGAACUUGUACCUCGUCAUGGAGUAUAUGAUUGGCGGCGACUUUCUUGGUCUCUUGAUACGUGAAAACAUUCUGCCAGAACCCAUAACAAAGUGGUAUAUUGCUGAGAUGAUUCUUUGCGUUGAAGAAUCUCACAAGCUUAACUGGAUUCACCGCGAUAUCAAACCCGAUAAUUUCCUUAUCUCUGCUUCUGGUCAUUUAAAAAUCGCAGACUUUGGACUGGCGUUUGACGGACACUGGGCUCAUGACCAGGGUUACUACAAUAACCACCGAUACUCCCUGAUCAAGAAGCUUGGAAUCCAAAUCGAGGGCGAUGCUACUGACCGGGAAGAUAAAGAAAAAGCCAAACAGGCAUUGGAAACAGUGCUUGAUUCACGUGAACCUCCGGCAUUUGACCUUCUCGGAUGGAGAGAUAGGCAUCAGAGGCGGCGGCUUGCUAGAAGUGUUGUCGGGACCAGCCAAUACAUGGCGCCUGAAGUCGUCAAAGGAAAACUGUAUGAUGGUCGUUGUGACUGGUGGAGUAUUGGCAUCAUUUUAUACGAGUGUCUUUAUGGGUUCACGCCGUUUGUAUCGGACGACCGAUUCACGACGAAGCUCAAGAUAGUCGUAAGUGGCAUUGAGAAGAUCAAGAAUCACCACCAAAUCUUGCAUUUCCCGAUGCAGAGACUAUCUGACAAGUUCGUAUCAACUGAUGCCAUUGACCUCAUAAGCCAACUUCUUCAGGAAAAAGAGUAUCGCCUAUCUGCUCGCAACUACCGACUCAACGAUCUGGCAGAAAGGAGCUUUUUCAAAGGCAUGGACCCGCGAUACCGGAAUUAUCGAGGCAUGUAUGUCUGUCCCAACGAUGCAAGCGAUAUCAAGGCGCACCCUUUCUUUCGCGGGAUCAAUUGGGAUGCGCUUCAUCGGUCAACGCCGCCCUUCAUUCCUGUAGUUCGGGACUGGGAUGACACUCAAUACUUCGAGGAUCCAUUUCAAUCACCUCCGGACGGCAACACUCCCAACGCGCCGGAAACUGCUCUAGAGGCUCCUUCACAGACCGCUGAGGCGACCCCCGGUGAGAUGGCUCUGGCUGCGGCGCAGACCAACAAAGUGCCAUGUGGAGCGAAGACACAAAAGAAGAGAGCUAAGGAGGGCAGAGCCCGGGAUAAGAUCUUGCGGGAUGAGCAGGUUGGAAAGGCAGUUCUCGAAAUGCGGCAAAAGGAUGCGUUUCUGGGGUAUACCUAUCGUCGACCAAAGCCUGUGGCAUUGGCGCUGAAUGGUGAACGGGGACGACCGCUGGUGUCGAGAGGGCAAUUGUCAGAUUUGUACGGAUGCUGAAGUAUGUCCAUAUUCUUAUACCUAGUGGUCAUCUUUGUUAUCAAGGGUCACGUUUGUGCGUGUUUGUCAAUGCGUUAUGGACCGAAUUUUUGGAUACCUUUUUGGAGUUUUGGAGUUUUGGAGUUUUGGACGUAUUGUUCCAGUCAAGAGCAUGUAUAUAUCAUUAGACAUUUCUAGACGGAUGAGCCAUCGCAAAAGUGAAC